GGACAGUACUACUAUUUGUAGAAUUUCUUCGAUUUAAAAUAGGCGCACGUAGUUGGCAACAUUUUUAGUGAAUGACACAUUAAUCUGAAUCGUAUCUUUCACAUCUACAAAUUGAAAUUAAAUUUUCUUUAGAAUGGUUGAUCGUUUAGUAAACAGUGAAGCCAAUGCUAGGAGAAUUACAAUGGUUGAAAACUGCUUCGGCAGUUCUGGGCAGCCACUGGCAGAACAAGGCAGAGUCCUUGUGGGAGAAGGUGUCCUGACAAAAAUGUGUCGGAAGAAACCUAAGGCCCGUCAGUUCUUUCUAUUUAAUGAUAUCCUUGUAUAUGGGAACAUUGUUAUCAACAAAAAAAAAUACAAUAAGCAACAUGUUAUUCCCUUAGAAGAAGUAAAAUUGGAAUCACUAAAAGAUGAAGGACAAUAUCGCAAUGGUUGGUUGAUACGUACUGCAUCAAAGUCAUUUGCUGUAUAUGCAGCUACAGCUACAGAGAAAGAAGAAUGGAUGGCUCACAUAGAGAAGUGUAUAGAAGAUUUACUUAGGAAGAGUGGAAAACAGCCACCAUCAGAGCAUGCAGCUGUAUGGGUACCAGACAAUGAAGCUUCCAUCUGUAUGCACUGCAAGAAGACACAGUUCACUGUCCUCAACAGGAGACACCAUUGCCGCAAGUGUGGUUCCGUAGUUUGCGGGCCGUGUUCUUCGAAGCGGUUCGUGUUACGAGGGCAGAGCGAGAAACCUCUGCGAGUCUGUCUUCAGUGUUACGAUGAACUGAACAGGGAACGCGCGCGCCCUCCCAAUGCACCGGCGACCAACGCACCCAUCCCGGUGAAGGCAGUCGACAACGCCGGCUCCGGUGGCGACUCGUCGCAGGACGACGACAGCGACGACGACGAUGAACGGCCCAGUGCAGAGGAGAAACAUGACGAGCCAAAGUUCUACGGUGAUGGUGAUAAGACUGAAGAGACAAACAACCAUUCGUCCAAGGAGUCGGCCAAGUGAAUCGUGCACCACUGUCCAAAUACAGGUUUACUGAUAAGGGUUUAUGUUUUUUUUUUAUAUACAAACUUUUUCGGAUACGCCUAGGUCAUCACUUCGUCCUUCCGUUGUGUAUCGUACAAGACCGUUUAAUUUACAUUGACAAUAAAAAAGGUCACAUUAACCCCUUCUUAUCAUGAGUUAAUCGUAAUGGGCGUCUUGUUCUAUUUCCAUUGGUUUGUCAACGAUACUACAGUUUUGAUGUGAUAUAAGUUAAGAAAAACGAAACUCUCAUAGUUUUCAUACCUGAAUCACACUAUUUACUACU